AAAGUCAGGCACAUACACAAUUUUAUUAGCUAGCUAGCUAUCCAGUUAAUAGGUAAUUAAGUAAGGUUCCCAUUCCGACAUAUAAACGUGAUGUGGUUUGUAAAACUAUGCCUCCGAUCCGGAAACAAGCUGGAAUAUGAUUUUAUGGCCAGCAUUAUGAUUGAGUCAGCUGGUGCGUUGAACUGCAACCGAAGGUUGGACCUGCGAUAGCUUCUGAGAGCUGACGGUGCCAGGUGACAUGGAUAUAGACAUAUAGAUACAGAUAUAGACGUCAGAGGCACCGCCGUGAUUUACAUGCGACGUCGAAUCAGUUGGACAAACACUCCAACACUCCCGCUCCGAUAAAUAAAGUACACCGAAAGAGGCAAAAACGGUGGGUAAAAACCCGAACGAUUCGCCUACGUGAGUGGAUCAGUUCGUACGGAUAGUAUUUAAGCCUCACUACCCGAACGAUCUGAAAUCAUUUGCAGCCACUCAACGGAAUCGAAAUGUGCUUCAGAUAUAGCUUCAGUUUCUUCACAAUCGCGGCUGUUCUGCUGCUGGCAGCCGGAAUUCGGGCAGCUCCCUCGGAUGUGGUGGUCGAGAAGGCGGAGGAUCCCGCGGUUCCGAAGCCCCUGCCAGAGGCCGACUUCAAGGUUCCCGAGGACUGUCACCAGCCCAAGGAAACCGGCCGCUGUUUCGCCCUGUUCUACCGCUACGCCUACAAUGUGGAUACCCAAUCCUGCGAGGAGUUCGUCUACGGCGGAUGUGCCGGCAACAAGAACAAUUUCGAGUCCAAGGAGCAGUGCGAACAGGCCUGCCUGGGGAAGUCCAUCUCGGAGUCCUCCACCACCGAGCAAAUCAGCGACGUGACCACCGAAACUAGCACUUCCGCUUGAUUUUAUCUAGUCUUUAGUUCGUAAUUUAUUUAUCACCCGACAUCAUCUCCAAUAAAACCGCAACACAUUUAAAUACUGUUUAGUGUUUAACUGAAA